CGGAACGGAACUCUUUUUUUCAUUCUCUCCAGUUUAAAUGGAGGACCAAUUUCAUCAACACAAUCCGGAAUGUCCAACAUGGCAGCGGCCGUAAGAUGCCUCGGAAGAGUCUUGAUACAUCAUCAAAGACAUAAUCCUUCCAAGAUGGUUUAUCAGACAUCUCUUUAUCCUUGUUCUUUAAACAUUCAGGUGCCCAAUAGACAUUUUGCCGCUGCUGCUACAAAGUCUGCAAAGAAAACAAAAAAAGAUACCAAAGGAAAAGCAUCAGAUGAAAAAAAGGAUGAGAUAGAAAGAAUAAAGUCAUAUCCCUACAUGGAAGGUGAACCUGAGGAUGAUGUCUAUUUAAAACGCCUAUACCCAAGGCAGAUAUAUGAGUUGGAGAAAGCUGUUCAGUUACUUAAGAAAUUUCAAAUUUUGGACUUUACUAAUCCAAAGCAAGGAGUUUAUCUUGACUUGACACUGGAUAUGGCACUGGGGAAAAAGAAAAAAGUGGAGCCGUUUGCCAGUGUUAUUAGUUUUCCAUACCCAUUUGCAUCAGAAAUCAAUAAAGUUGCUGUAUUUACUGGGAAUGCAUCAGAGAUUAAAAUAGCAGAAGAAAAUGGAGCUGCAUUUGCAGGAGGAACUAAUCUGAUUCAGAAGAUUUUGGAUGAUGAAAUUCAAGUAGACUUUUAUGUAGCUGUUCCAGAAAUAAUGCCUGAACUUAAUCCAUUAAAGAAGAAACUGAAAAAAAAGUUUCCAAGGCUUGCUAGAAAUUCCAUUGGCCGUGAUAUCCCCAAAAUGCUUGAAUUAUUUAAAACUGGACGUGAAAUUCGUGUAGAUGAGGAAAGAGAGAACUUUCUCAGUACCCAAAUAGCCACAUUGGAUAUGUCAAGUGACCAGAUUGCUACCAAUCUGCAAGCAGUUAUUAGUGAAGUCUGUAAGCACAGACCUCUGAAUUUGGGUCCCUUUGUAGUACGUGCCUUCCUUCGUAGCGCAACAAGUGAGGGUUUGCUACUAAAGAUUGAUCCAUUGCUGCCCAAAGAAGUAGGAACUAAAGAAAGUAACCAAGAAGCUGCCUAAAAGUGUUGAAUUGUGAAAUUAUUUUGAAUGGAUUAAGAAACAACAAAGAAAAUUAUAAAACUGCAUAAUUUCUA